AUGCAGGUGAUUGCGAAAAUUUUCGUGGCACUUUCGCUGUGCCUGCUGCUUUGUUCACCGUCGCAAGAAGGUCCGCCUUUGGGAUAUACACUGUCAAGGCGCUCCUUCAGAUCACAGAAGAGCGAAUACAGUGGACAGUUUCUGACGCCUUUGAUCGAGAAGAAAGCCGUCAAAUCCGCCAGAGAUGCCAGCUUCGCGAAGAUGUUCAAGAUGAGAGCGAACGCUACUGCAUACUCCGGCUUCAUCACCGUCGACAAGGAACACCAGUCAAAUAUGUACUUCAUUUAUAUGCAAGCUCAGAUUAAUCCCGAACGAGCGCCGCUCAUGAUAUACCUGCAAGGAGGUCCCGGCAAGUCGGGCACGUUCGGACAGUUCCUGGAGGUCGGACCCCUGGGCGUCAACUCGGACGGGAUCCUCUACCGGAGGCCCCACACCGUCCAAAAGAUGUUCAACGUCAUCUUCCUAGACCAGCCGGCCGGGUCGGGUUUCAGCUUCACCAAGUCCCCGUUGGGCUACGCGCGCAGCAUCGAAGACUGCGUGGCGGGCGUGCGAGAGUUCCUCAGGCAGUUCCUGCUGUUGUUCCCGGAGAACAGGAACCGCGAAUUAUACCUCGCCGGCGAGAGCUACGGAGCUCGUGGAGCCGUAGCCCUGGCUCACAGCCUCAUGACGAAUCCGGAACCCGGUCUACCGCUCAAGGUGUCGGGCGUGAUUGCGGGGUCCCCAGUCUUCGGCCGCGCCCUAGACCACUUGGACUCUGCGGACACCCUGUACCACUUCGGCAUGCUCGAUGCCAACGGGCGCGAUAUGUUCGCACACGCGAUGCACCGCAUCCGCCAGCUGUGGACCACCAACCGCGCCAUGGCGCUUCACCUCCUCAGCAACACGGUCUUCCAGCUACACGCCACCGCCAGUCUCUUCUCGAACCUCACUGGUUACAGUGACCACGGGAGCCUGCUCUAUUACCAGAGGCUCCCGGAGGUGGUCCACUACUACCGGUACAUGCAGAAACCGCUGUUCAAGAAAUCUCUGCACCUGUGCUCGCAGGCUACAGUGAACAGCGCCAGGCUUGUAGUCAUGCUGUACCUUGCCGAUGACUACACCGUCGACCACCGAGAGAAGGUUGAGUACCUGCUGGACGCUACAAAGAUGCUGGUCUUCUCAGGGCAGCUGGACACAGUUAUCCCAGCGGUCAAGCAAGAGAAAUACUUGCUGUCGCUCAACUGGACGGGGGCAGCGUCACUGAGAAAGGCAGCCAGGAGACCCUUGUAUGUGUCCGGACCCGGGUCGAGACUUGUGGGGUAUGCCAAGACGACCAAGAGCCUGACAUAUGUUGCUGUGGCUCGCUCCGGACACCAGGUGCUGCUUGACGCGUCCGAAGCCGUGUAUUAUAUGAUUGAACGCUUUGUGAAUGGCAUCGACAUUGUCAACUCCAGGAGAAAGGUGUUGGGUGUGAAUUAGCGUUCUUUACAUUGCCGCCAUUUUUGUGAG